AUGAAGGAUAACUGCGUUCCUCUUUACACCUCGCAUCAGUUGGGUAAGACGGUGUCCAACUAUGCAGAGCAACACUCAACCGCGCUGCCCAAGUAUCUCACCGAUUAUCAUGCAGACAUUUCUGCCAACCGUAGCGACUCUAACUAUAUGAGCUCUCUCUUUCAAUCUCAGUACCAUACAUUUCUGGCCAAGUCCACUGGUGCCAAAAGAGUUCUUGAAAUUGGCGUCUACGUUGGAUUCUCCGCCCUUGUCUGGGCUGAUGCUGUCGGUCCUGAUGGGCUUGUUACGGGGUUAGAAUUUGAGCCAGAGUAUGCCGAAUUAUCCAAGAAAGUAUUUAAGGCGAACAACGUCAAGAAUAUAGACAUCGUUGUUGGCCCUGCUGCUGAAACUAUCCCCAAGCUCAACCCCUCUGAGCCUUACGACCUUGUCUUUAUGGACGCAGAUAAGACUGGGUAUCCUGGGUACUUGAAACAACUUCUCGAACUAUCAAAGCCAGGCAGCACCAACAGACUUCUUCGCCCAGGAGCUCUCAUUGUCUCGGACAAUGUGCUACGUCGAGGCAUGGUUGUAGUUGACAAUGCAGUCAGUGAUGAUGGGCUUCCGGCGGACCAGCUAGAUAGUAUCUUGGCUGUCCGGGAGUUUAACGAGAUGGCACUGAAGAGCUCUCGACUUGAGACGUUUCUUCUGCCCUUGUGGGACGGUAUUAAUCUCUCACGUCUGGUUGAUUAG